AUGGACUCGCCGUCGGCUCCACCCGCUCUCCUCCUCAGCCUCCGCGCGCUGCCCUACGGCAGCAGCAGCAGUAGAUCCCUCUGUCUCCACUUGAAGCAGAGGCUGCAUCGAUUGCCUUCACCAGGAACCGGUCGCCGUCACGUGGCGGCGGCGGCGGUGGACAAGCUCGCGCCCCGGCCGCCGGAGGCUGGCCGUCUGAGGUGGAAGUACCGACUAGCGUGCCGCGGGUCCUACGAUUCAGGAAACGGGCUUCCCGGGCCUCCUCCCCCGCCUCCUUCCGGUGAGAGCGUGGAUGGGUGGCGUCCUGCCCUUCGCCGAUGGGAUGUGCCAUGGCAGUGGCCAACCGUGUCUCUCACCAUGGUGGCCUGUGCACUAAGCGCUCUUUUGGCAGGAAAGGUUGAGCAGUCAGUUUUGGAGUAUCUAGGCUAUCAAGCCGGAGAGGCAACUAUUGAUGAGAAGGCCGGGGUACUCUUUUUGGAACAAUUUAGUGUGACAGCAGUUGCCAUUGGAGUUAUGUUUGGCAUCACCAAUACCUUCCGACCAUUCUCGGAUGACAUAUUUCGUUAUGAUUUUAAGGAACCAUUUAAGCUGCAAAACGGCUGGCUCCUGUGGGCUGGAAUUGGCCUCUUUUUUGCUCUAGUUUCCAUUUCUUUAACUGGAGCUGUGAUGACCUUUCUGAAUGGUGCAACCACACAGAGAGAGACUGACUCGCUACUUCUUCUAUUGCCACUGAUAGGCUCGUCGAAUAUCAGCACUGCCUGUCUGCUGGGCAUCACUGGGGUUCUUGCACCAAUUUUGGAGGAAACUGUAUUUAGAGGAUUUCUAAUGGUAUCCUUGACUAUGUGGUUUUCUACGCCAGUAUCUGUUCUGAUCACAGCUGUGGUGUUUGCCUUUGCUCAUCUUACACCAGGAGAGUUUCCCCAACUUUUUGUGCUUGGUGUGGCACUGGGAUUCUCAUAUUCUCAAACUCGGAAUCUUCUUACUCCUAUCACAGUUCAUGCUGCUUGGAAUUCCGGAGUAAUAUUGUUACUAACCUUUCUUCAGCUGCAGGGAUAUGAUAUCAAGGAGCUGCUGCAGGCAUCUUGA